CGUUCGAGUCUGUAUCGUAAAUUGUGCUCCGUUGUUAUUAAUCGUCUGCUGCACCGUGUGUGUCCUUGUGUACUUGAGGAGCUGUUGUUGAUUAAAGUCGGAAUUAUGCCAAGCGUGGGCGUAUUUUCAACAAUUCGCCUCCUGUUGGCCGGUUCUUUGUUGUGUCUAUGGAGAAGCGGACUGGCGGAUGGUGUCACUCUGUUUCCCGCAAACGCAUUAUCGAUCAUGCAAGGAGCGGGAUUUUUGGCCUAUCUAAUACCGGAUCAAUUGGCUGACGCGGGGCAAUGGGCUCAUUGCUCAGUUGUGAUUAACGGUAACCGAUACAGUCUGGAUGAUGAUCAAAUACAUGUGGUUGGUGUGGAAAGCAAAGUGCAACGGUUCAGUGCCAGCGUUUGUGGUAUUCGAGUGGAAAAUGUUCAAAAAGAUUUGCAACAAACUUGGACGAUAUCAGCGUCGGAUGCGGGUGGCUCGAACCAAGUGCAACAAAAUCUGUUACUAACUGUAAUUGCUUACAAGACGAUUAGUACCCAGAACAUCACCAUCAGUGAUACGAUAAAAACAGUCACUAUUAGUUGCCCAGACGACUCGUCCCGGCGUUACUGUCGCAUCCUAGACCAGAAUGGCAACAUUUACGAUGGAUGCACGCGGAGUUUCGAUGUUUCUUGGGAGGCCGCACAGUUUCGCUGCCGCAUGCUAUACUGGGGCGAUAUGGAUGAAAUCGAGUCCCUAAUCAAUGUGAGCCUUGAGAAAAGCAUGCGAGAUGUAACGAUGUCAUUGUCGGAGGAUAACUCACACUUUGUUCUGACGUGUCAGUAUCGCAGCCGAGUGAUUCCAUGCCGGGCGGCUUCCGUUGCAAGCAAGCGGCAGAUGUUGCUGCUGGAUGGGCAUCUUGGCGAUCACUACUCGGCCUACGAUACGCGAGUUGAGACGGGUAGAUGUUCCUUGGAAAUACGCAAACCACUUCUGCAGGAAGAUUACGGAGUUUGGCGCAUUUAUCUAGAGCUUUCCUCGUCCGAAUAUAGUGGGUGCGUGUUCAAUAUUCCUGGUCCUAACACAGAUGAUCCGUCGAUGGAAAAAGUACCCGAAGCGAAAGCGAAAUUGAUUGAAGUUUUUCACGAUCAGCGAACUCCCACGACGACAAACACGGAGCUGAGAUGUGAAGUACCAUACCCUAUUGAUUAUUGCUACUUGUCGGGACCGGAGGGAGGUGAUUACAAACCGAAUGAAUUUGAUAGACUUAAAACGCUAGGAAUUUGUCGUUUUGUUGUUCAGAACGUAACCACUGGUAAGUGGGCUUGCGGUGUGAAUGAUGACCAUGCCGACGAAGAUCACUUGAGUUACUUUGAUGUGAAAGUAUACGAUCAACCGGGCCGAGUGAUCACAUCGAACGUCAGGGCCAGCGCUGGGGAUGAAAAUAAGCAGUUGCUUUGUAAAACGAUUUUGAAUUUACCGGUUGAACUGUGCCGUUUCGUCAGUCCCAGUGGAGAGGUGCAUGGCUUAUCCGACAGCAUAGCACCCAGUGAGAAUUCCAGAUUCCGAUACUAUGGCGAAGGGCUGAGGGCUGGCGAAUGUGGACUGGAAAUUGUUAAACUUGAAAAGGAGGAUUUUGGUCGCUGGAAGUGUUCCAUCCGAGUUCAAGGGGUAGAUUAUGCGAUUGGUGUGGACCUGAUCGAAGAAGUUAUGAGCAAAUCUGCCCUAGUGGCAAUAUCGGUUAGCGUGGCAGUCGUCGCAUGCCUUAUUGCGGCAUUCUUCGCUUACAAGAAGUUCUACAGGCGGCAAGUACCUUACCGUAAUGAGCUGCACGUAAGUGCGUUAUAAGUACGUAAAUGUUUGGUGUUUUAAUGUUGCCCCUCUGUUACGUAUCUUUCCUAACCGCGUGGUUCUUUCUUUACUGGAGUCUGUUUGACCAGAAACUGUCAAACUUGUCAAGUUUAUUGCUUCCUUUUCAAAGUGAAGGUCACCGUAUUGAACACGGAAUUCAAUUUGAUGAUUUGAUUUGUACUUCAAAGUAGAGUUUUUAAUUUAACGAUGCUGGGACUAACAAACGGGAAUGCUCCUUUUGGUAAUGCAGUACUAAUUUUGACGACUUCUAACCAAUUUUUUGUCUAAAUUCAUUAACUGUAUUUUAUUCUGAAACAUUUCACAGCAAGCAUAUGUCUGCCAUUUCAAAAUGCGAGGUUCAAAGCAUAGUUAAACAAUAAAAUCAACUGAUCGUUCGUUAGAUUUGGAGCUUGUAUUCACAUUAUGAUUUGUAAAGUUCAAAUAAAUAAAACAAAAAAGAUUUUGCCUAUCUACUAUGUAUAGAGUCGUAAGUUCAGAUUGAAUUAUAGUCAGUUCUGCUGCUGCUACUGCUG